AUGAAAAGGCCUCCAAAACCCCCGCAUCAAGACUCUCAAGCUUCCAUUCAAGCGACAGCACAGCAAUUUAGCGCGGCGAAAAAGUUCAGUCGCCAGCUAAAGCCGAAGGUACCACGAGAAGAGCAAGGAGAGCAAGUAGGAGAAGGGAAAAAGAAAAAGAAGAAAAGUCUUCUUGUGGGCAACACAAAACGCAGGGCGAGGCUACGGGCCAAACAGAAAAAGAAGGCUACAUCAUCAGCAUUAGCACAAGCAGACAAGAAGGCUGCUGAAAAAGAUCUCAACGAAGAUGACAAGGCCGCUGAAAACAAGAAGGAGAAGGUGAAGGGGAAGAGGAAGAAGGCCACUGAAGCAAGGAGGAAGGCCGCCGCUGAAGAUACGACGGCCGCUGCAGACAAGAAGGAGAAGAAGAAGGAGACUGUGAAGGAGAAGAGGAGGAAGACCGCUGAAGAAAAGAAGGCCCGCUUAGAAAAGAUGAAGGCCGUCGCUGAGAACGGGAAGGAGAAAGAGGCCGCUGCAGACACGACGGCCGCCGCGGACAAGGAGAAGAAGAAAAAGGAGAAGAAGAGCGCUGCAGGCAAGCAAGACCCCGACAAGCAGGAGGUCAAGGGACAGAACGAAGAGAUUGCAGCUCCCCGAGUGACGGAGCAGCCUAACUCCCUGCCCCCCGGAAGGCGAAGCGAGAGCGAGAGGAAAACCCGGCAACCAAGUCAAAGUCCAUAA